GAUCGGUUCAACGUGUGCGCGUGGCCCGCGAACAUUGAAAUGCGGGACAGCGGCGACCAGUGCUUUGCUCCCGGCUUCGGCGGCAAUUUGCGGGUGUCGAACGAUCUCGCGCUCGAUAAUGCGAUCGUCCGCCCGCGCAUGUACGCCGAGGUUGUGGCCACUUGCAUCGGCCACGAAAAUCGUGCGCUCGCCUCGCCAGCCGCGAUCGCCAGAUCUAUCCCCGUCUGCGAUCUGCCGCAUCGGUCUGGCGCGGGCAGUUGCAGAUCGACGAUGCUCGUUGCGAUCGGCCCGAUCGAUCUGCAGCGGAUAGUGGCCGGCACGUCUGCGAUGCGCGAU